AUGAAUUAAGAAAAAACAGUUGAAGAACCAUUACUUAGUUAAGCUAAGAUGAAUGAAUAUAAAGAAAGAGAAUUUAGAGAAUACUUAGUAAAUCAAGAUGUCACUCUUGCUAUUGUUAAAUGUAUAUUAUAUAUAUAUUGUUUAAUAAUUUUAUAGUUCUUCUUGCUUUAAGAAAUGCACCCAAUAAACCUGAUUCUCCAAGUUAAGCACUUAUUGAUUACUUUAGUGUACAUUAAGAUACGAAAGCCCAUGAAGAAUUUGAGAAAUUGAAAUUAGAUGUUGAAUAAUUAGAAUAAGGUUAAUGAAUGUUAUUAUAACUGUAUAGAAAAUAAUCAAUUAGCAAAAGAAAUAGAUUCAAUUAAAGAACAAAUAGUUUAAUAAAAACUUGAAAAAUAACGUAAAGAAGAAGAAGAUAGAUUACGUUAAGAAGAAGAGGCAAAAAAGAAUACAAAGAAACCUGCAAAGAAAUGA